AUGAAACUUUUGCCGUUAGCCUUGCUACUUUUGCCCGUGAACGCUAAUGUGGGCACCCAGUUUGUCAAAUUAGAGGCCGCCAUUUCACGUGGUGACACUUUCAAGGAUUCUGUCCGCGGGGCGAAACCCUACAUGUUGGAAAAAAGGGCCGAUGACGGCUCGGUCACUAUGGAAUUGAAGAACACCCAGAGCUUCUACGAGGUCGAGCUCGGCAUGGGCUCGGAUAACCAGACAGUCGGUGUGCUGUUAGAUACCGGUUCGUCGGACUUGUGGGUGAUGAACUCCAACAAUUCCUACUGUUCCUCUAACUCAAACAAAAAAAGAGGGCUUGCUUUGGAAAAGAGAGGCAGAAGUCUACAGGACUUGAGAAACCUCAAUGUUUCGCCAGGAAAGGCCGUUCAAAGGGCAGACACCACCGAGACCAGAACUGAGUUCUUUGGUGGCAACGAGGCCACCUCGAGUGUCGCUGCUGAAGCCACCCUCGACUGUUCCAAGUACGGAACCUUCGACCCUGACUCGUCCAACUCGUUCCACAAGAACGGAACAGACUUUGCCAUCACGUACGCAGACAAGACGUUCGCCAACGGCGUGUGGGGCUACGACGAUAUCUCCUUCGGCGGAGUCACCGUGGAGGACUUCUCGUUUGCCGUCGCCGACGACACAGACUCGGAAAUGGGUGUUUUCGGAAUCGGUUUCAGAGAAUUGGAAACCACCUACUCGUCCAACACCUCGGAAACGCCCUACAUCUACCAGAACCUGCCGUUCAAGCUCGUUGACCAAGGCCUCACCAACAAGGCUGCCUACUCGGUGUAUCUGAACUCCUCGGACGCCAGCACCGGUACCGUUCUGUUCGGAGCCGUUGACCACAGCAAAUAUACCGGAACUUUGGGCUUGGUGCCUAUCAUCAACACUGCUGCGUCGGCCGGCUACAAAAACCCUAUCCAACUCGAAAUCACACUGAGCGCCAUCACCGCCAGCGACGGAAGCGGAUCCCAAGCUUCUGUGGGCGUGGGUGCUGCUGCUGCAUUAUUUGAUACCGGAACCACUUUGACCUAUGCUCCGUCCGACAUCAUUGAGCAAAUCGCUGAGCUGUUCCAGCUACAGUACAGCUCUUCUGCCGGAGCCUACGUCACCAAGUGUUCGUCGGUGGAGGACUAUACACUAAACUUCGACUUCCAAGGCCAGGUGAUCGAGGCACCAUUGAGCUCGUUCCUGGUGUCGUUGCAAACAAACUCGGGGUCCACUUCCUCCUACUGUGCGCUGGGAAUUUUCUCCUCUGGCGACAGCUCGUUCACUCUGGGAGACUCUUUCCUCCAGAACGUGUACUUUGUUGCCGACCUGGAAGACUACCAGCUGGCCGUUGCUCCCGUCAACCUGAGUGCUUCGUCUGAGGAUCUGGAGGCCAUCACGAGCGGCAUUCCGUCUGCCUCGUCUGUGUCUGCGUACUCGUCGACGUGGGGCGUGUCUGCCUCUGCCCUUGACGUGGACGCAUCCACGUCGCUGGCGUCUAUCACAAGCGUGGCGUCGACCAAAGCGGCUGCCUCAACGGUGGUCUCCGACGGAAGCAUCUCUGUGUCGAGUUCUACGUCUAGUUCGAGCUCGAGCUCCUCCGGAAGCGGGUCCAAGGCCGAGGCCGGCACCAUCAGCAAGAGCGUCGGCGCAAUUGUGUUUGCGCUUGUGGUGGCCACCGUGGUUAUUGGCUAA